UAGUUACAUAAAUCUCAGAAACCAAAAGAAAAACUAGAAAAGAUAGAAAUUUAUGGGUUCUUUAACAGCUUCACCACAAUUACUAGUAGUAAACUUCAAUAAUGAAGAACUAAGACCAGGCACAGCCACUUGGGAAUCUACAUGUAAAGAAAUCAGGUUUGCCUUUGAAAACCAUGGCAGCUUUAUAGCACUUUAUGACAAAAUCUCACCCCAACUUCAAAAAUCCAUUUUUCAAGCUUCCCAACAAUUAUUUGAGCUCCCUUUAGAGAAAAAAGUCCUAAAUACCAAUGAAAAACCUUAUCAUGGUUAUGUUGGCCAAAUUCCAUUUCUACCUCAUCAUGAAGCUUUUGGCAUUGACUAUGCAACUACUUCUCAAGGUAUUCAAAGCUUUUCCAACCUCAUGUGGCCUCAAGGAAACGACUUUUUUGGUGAGAAUUCGUUGAUGUUUUCAAAGAUUGUGGCGGAGUUGGACCAGAAAGUUGUAAGAAUGCUAUUUGAAAGCUAUGGAAUAGGGAAAAACUGCGAAUCGUACCUUGAAUCAACCACGUAUCUACUUCGAUACCUGAAAUAUGACGCACCAAAUACAAAGGAAAAUAGUAUGGUUUUCCCCCCACAUACUGAUAAAACAUUCACGACCAUACUAUAUCAAAAUCGCAUUUCAGGCUUGGAAGUUCAAACUCGAGAUGGACAAUGGAUAAAUAUGGAGUUCCCACCCUCUUCUUUUGUAGUCAUGGCUGGUGAAGCAUGCAGAGGUUGGAGCAAUGAUCGCGUUCUUACGCCUGUCCAUAAGGUGAUUAUGGAUAUAAGUGGGAAUGAAACAAGAUACACUGUUGGAAUAUUUACUUUUCUAAAGGAUGAUAAAAUGAUAGAAGUAGCAGAAGAACUAGUUGAUGAAGAACAUCCAUUGCAGUUUAAGCCAUUUGUUCAUAUAGAUUUGAUCAAGUUUUUUGACACAGAACGUGGUCGGAGAUCGCAGGAUUUACUCAAAGACUUCUGUGGUGUUUAAUUAUUUAGUACUAAAUAAUAUCGUAGCUAUUUUCCAUGUAAUUUGUGUCUGCUUUGGUCUCGUUAAUCUUUGGAUUUCCGCCGAGUAAUUUACUUCUGUUGCUUGUGUGUAUAAUGAAUCCAAUAAGAUAUUGUACUGAUAUACAGUUGUGCAAUGUGUUCUCUUUUUUAGAUGAUGAA